CUGUCGUUUUGUGGGGCAGCUCAUUUUUCUUCCUCCAUUGCCUUUUCUUGCAAAGAAGUGUCCACUCAUUUUUAUGGCCUGAAUGACUGACAGGAGCUCAUCGAUGAGUGCUUCUGUUUUCUUCCUGGGAAGAGGUCAAACACAAAUCAGUCAUGAGCUCCAGCUUGGUCAACUCUUUAGCCAGAAUGUAUGAUCCCAAGCCGCUUCACGGUCAGAAGCCCGGUGGCAGAAAGCUCUCGCUCAACGGAUUAGACAAGUGCCCGGCUACUUGCGCUUCCUCCUGCCACGACGUCGCUUCGCUGCGCCGCAUCGAGAGCCGCAUCGACUCGUUGGCAUGUCAGAUGGAGAGUUUGCUCAGCAUGCAGCAGGCCGUCCUGACCCGGCUGGACAGUUUGUCCCGCGACGUGAGAGGGAUGGAGCGAAGCCGGGCGUCGUUGAGCGAGGAGGCUCCCGGUGAUGCUGACGCCGGAGUGGGCGACGGCUCCCAAGUCGCGCUCGUGUGCGGGCAGUUGUUGGGGGCGGCGGAGAGGGUCGGUGAGCAAAUGGAGAGUCAGGGCCGCAGGCUGGACGCGCUGGAAAAAGUGGCAGAGGGCACCCAGCAGGUGAUCGGCUUCAUCGGUGACGUGGUGAAGAGCUCCCGGCUGAUGAGGCUUCUCUUUAAAAAGCCUGGGAGCCGAUUCAAAGCCAAGGGAAAGGACGACAAGGACAAAGGCAAACUGAACCUGAAAGCCCAGAAGAAGAGGAGGUCCCUGGACACUUCAGAAGACACACUGACGGGGUCGGUUCUGCCAGAGCAGGUCGCAAAACUCAACCAGAAGAACAUCGAUCAUUCUCAUGGAAACAACAACGCCGAGGACAGGGCAAACGGAAGACAUCUCGAGUCGUCCACCUUGAUUCUGAACGAUUCCAAUAAGGAGAGCGAAGAGGUCUUUGACGACUCGGGCCCUGACGAAGACGUGGAAUUCGAGACCAAUUCAGCAGAAGAUUUCAAUCCAGAGAAGACCGGCGAUGAGCGAGAUGAAGGGAGUAACUCAGAAGCAGACAUUUCUUCCCAGACUGCCAAGACGACUCCUAUCGUUAAAACUGAGAGCUCUGACGACGUCGGUGUCGACGCGGACGCCUGCAGCAAACGCCGCGUCACCGAAGAGCGACUGGUGACGGACGAACUGAAAAAGAGUCGAGUGGAAGGCGAUCAAGAUCCGAAUGCUGACGGAGUUGUGUUGGAGACGGAGACGACCAAAAACGCCGACUCGGAUGCGGUCCACGCAGAGGCGGAGCAGGGAAACAACCAGCAGUCUGAUGUGAAGGAAUUCCUCAUCGACUCCAGUCCUCCGCCAUCGGCACCUUUCGAUCAUCGCAUCGUGACUCCCAAACCUCAUCAAAUAGCGGCCUACUACUCCAUCAACAGAGACGAGGUCCUGGGAGGGGGACGUUUUGGCCAGGUCCACAAGUGCAUCGAGAACUCAUCUGGCCUAACGUUGGCCGCCAAGAUCAUUAAGGCCAGGAGCCAGAAGGAAAAGGACGUGGUGAGGAACGAGAUCCAGGUGAUGAACCAGCUCAAUCACUGCAACCUCAUCCAGCUCUACGCGGCCUUUGAGUCUCGUCACGACAUCAUCCUGGUCAUGGAGUAUGUCGAGGGCGGCGAACUGUUCGACCGCAUCAUCGACGAGAACUGCAACCUGACUGAGUUUGACACAGUGCUGUUUAUCCGGCAAAUCUGCGAGGGACUGCAGUACAUGCACCGAAUGUACAUAUUACAUCUCGACCUCAAGCCAGAGAACAUUCUUUGUGUCAGCAGAGCAACAAACAAGAUAAAAAUAAUUGAUUUUGGUCUAGCCCGGAGGUAUAAACCUCGAGAGAAGCUGAAAGUCAACUUCGGAACGCCUGAGUUUUUGGCCCCAGAAGUCAUCAACUAUGAGUUUGUUUCCUUCCCGACAGACAUGUGGAGCCUCGGCGUCAUCACUUACAUGCUACUUAGUGGCUUGUCUCCUUUCCUCGGGGAUGAUGACAACGAGACUCUCAACAACAUCCUGGCCUGUCAGUGGAAUUUUGAGGAAGAAGAGUUCACAGACGUUUCUGAAGAGGCCAAAGACUUCAUCACGCGUUUGCUGGUCAAGAGCAAAAGCUGGAGGAUGAGCGCGACGGAAGCUCUCAGACACUCCUGGCUGGCAGACCAAAGGCUGCACUAUCAGUUACAUGUGAAGAAAGACAAAUGUCAGCCCACAGCACCGCCCUCGCCAGAAUCCUAGAGAGUCGCUUUGUUUUCGUUCCUUUUUGAAGGUGCUGUCUCCUAACAAAAAAAAAAACAAAAAAGGAAGUCACUUUCCUCUGCAGAAAUUCGGUGAGGCCGCCAGCAGGCCUUCGGACAAUGUCGGGCCCCGGCGCCCAACACUGACUGGACCAAUGCUGCUGUACCCGUAUGGCUACGGAAUAUCGACUCUCUGCCGAGCUUCCACCGCAUUAGCUUGGUACAGCUGCUCGACUGUCGUCGACUUCAUUGAGGCCGGAACAAGAAAUGGGUCAAUUUAUCAUUCGAGGUACAAAGUGUAAGAACAUAAAAGCGAAGUUGAAAUACCGCACUGAUAUGUGCGGUGACGUGCCUCUGCACACAUGGGGACCCUGCAGCCCAAAACGGAGCGCUCAAAUGGAUUUAUUGUCAGGAACGCAUCGUAUUUGGUAAAGAAAUGUCAAUUUAACCCUUCCAGGGACAGCGGUGAUCACGGUGGACAUCUUAUCAUGUUGUCACGUUAAAGUACUCCCAAAAAAUGGACUCCUUAGCAACGGCUAUGUGCAAUUCCCAGAAAUAAAUGUAAUCAACACCACUUUUUUUCCCAUAACAUGACUUAAUCAUGCCAAAUUUUCGUACCCAUAUACAAACAAGAUCUUGUUAAAAAAAAAAAAAAAUCACUUUUGAUUCUGAAGAAACCUUUCAGCGUUUGCCCAGCAUUUGUUUACUCCACCAGGGAUUUGCAUUACGGCCUCUUGUUGGUCCACACGUGUAAUGACAACUUUUGAAAUGAAAUCUGAGGCUGAAGGGAACCCCAAAAACUUUGUGUUGACACCAGACUUUUUUUUUGGAUGCAUAGCAGCAGCCGCUUAGGUUGGUUGAUUUUUGGACUUUGGGUCAUGAAGAUGUCACCGCACGAUUUUUCGAGAUAUUAAGGGAAAGAAAAUCACACCAAUUCCAAGCGGGGACUGAUCGCGACUUCUUUUUCUGGUGUUUGAAUCACAACUAUGACAAUGGAUCAUUUUCACAUGGUCAACGCUUUUGGGGCUCCGGCUCGAAACAUGGCCGCCCGACUUCCGAUCGGUUUCGUGUCGGAGGGUCACACUGGAUUUUACAAUGUAUAAUUCAGGAUUUUAAUUGGAGCGACAAAAUGAAUGCGGACGUAUGAUGACAUUGUUGAUGAUAUUGUUUUAGGUUCCACCACGUUCGACAGAAAAAUUAUUGACUGUCUUUUUGCAUGCAUGGCACUUUUUUUCCCUCCAACCAUUAGUAACAAAAUAACUUAUUACUUACUGAAAUCAACAUUUAUAUUUUGGAGAAGACAUGUUACUUUCUUUUAUGUUCAAGUCUUAUGAGUUAUUUUGUGAAUAACUUAGAACACAUCGAUUUUGUUGAACACGUCAUUUUGUACAUUACACGUAUUGCACAAAAAUGUCCUAGAUGUCAGCGCGCUCCCGAUACCCGUCAUGCUCAUCGCACACGUACGCUAGCUGGCUGCCAUUUGCUUUGACAGUCUGGAGUAGGUAGCCCCCAUUCUCACCUUCCAUGAAGGCGUAACACAGACUACACAAUACUACCUAUGAAUGUUUCAUGUUGCUGACUGCUGUUGAUUUUGAUGUCGGUUUAUUGACUGGUUCCAACACCAGGCUGUACUUGAAGUGCCUGGUUUCUCUCAUUUCUGCACAUUUAGUGAAAGGUUGGUUAAAAUGGAGGAGUCCAACCUCCGAGUCGAGAUUGUGCGCUGGGUAGAUUUUGGGCAGGAUCGUCAACAGUCUUGACCGGAACGCAAUCAGUGGAAAGGCAGCGGCUGCCCUUCAUUCUUGUUAUUCGAUCUUUUGAUUCAUGCUUAGCACGUUUCUUAUUGGUGGGUGGACAUCCCCCAUCCUCGGUCAUGUCUCGUUCUGUUAUCAUGUUUUGCUUGGCUUGUGGAGAUUCUUGACCAUUGCAUCUUUAUGUGAGGGGACUGUAUGUCACAACUGUUUGCGGUUCCACUGUGAACUGAAAAGCUUCGUCAUUUGGAAUAGUAGUUGGUUGUUUCAUGUUACAACAAUUGUUUUGUGUAAUUAUAUGAAUGAAAAUAGAAUCUGUAUAAAUGAAAGCACAAAUAAAGUACACUGAUGUGUAGUG